AUGGCGUCUACCGAUGGUCUUGAUCAGGUCGAGGAGCAGCUCAAAGCUGUCAUCGACAACUUAUACAUGCUGAUCUGCCAGGCCCAUGAGUUCCGCGGCCAGCAGACAACAGAGGCCAUGACCUUCGAGAUCCUCCCACCAGAAGUUAUCGAAUACGUAGAGCGUUCGCGAAACCCAGACAUCUAUACCCGCGAAUUCGUCGAGCUUGUACAGAAACUCAAUCAACAACUCAAAGGCAGAAGCCAAGCUUUCGCCGACUUCAGAGACAUUUUGGCAAGAGAGAUGACAGGCGCUCUGCCCGACUGCAAACAAGACAUCACCAUGGUUGUUGAGAGUACUGGAGGCAAGGCUCCUGCUUGA